GCGGAGUACCGGUCAUCCGAAGAAGGCAUCAAGACCGACGGUAGCAACGUCUGAACUUUGUCGCUGCGAUUCUUCGACCGGCGCGACGCGCACCAACACCCCCGGUCGUGAGUGCGACAAACUCGGCAACGCCUGUCUUCAGCCACCGCCUCAGCUCUUCGCUCUGCGGCUAAAGUGCAUGGCGGAAGCACCCGUUGAUCAGAAUAGAGGACCAGACGCGAACAGGAAGGGCAAGAAGAAGCGUCAUCGCCAGCAGCGAAAAAGGCCGCUGUGUGAAGACGCCCAGCAAGGUGCCCAGCCCCGGAAAGAUACCAAGGCGGACAUGGUCAUUGAAGGAAAGGAAGGCGCCAAAGUGAGAAAUGCUGAAAGUCUGCCCAAGCCGCGUCCUGCCAAGGACAGCGCGGUACCCAACGAUCCAAGGACGCUGACCAAACUUCGUCCGUCACCUUCCUUAAUGGCACUCAAAGAUGCGUUCAGGAAGACGGCGCCCAAACCGAAAAUGGACAUGGGAAGCAGAAAGAUAUCGGUGAGCUUUUCCAUGGCGUCCGGACCACCAAAAGCUGCGAGGAGCCACCAGCGCAGCCGGGGGGGGGGGGCAUUCCACCGUGUGCGUCGGCCCCGACAAGAGCGGCGACCAGUCGCCCACUUCCGGUCCCGCGUCGGCCUUCAACAGCACCGGCGUGCGCUCCCUCCUGAAAAGCUACACCGUCAACAUGCCCAGCGGCCACUCGCUGGCGUUCUGCGUCACGGCUCUCGUCGUGCUCGCGUUCGCGCUUGCCGCACUGGUGGUGAUCCUGACCGCGAUCCUAGGGCGAAUGCACUCGAAGAGGCAGGCCGUUUCUUCGCCCGUCACGACUGUCGCCAGUCCUCAUCUCCUGAAAGCUGCUGUCGGCGCCGACGGCCACGAUCGGAACACGUUAGCUGUUCCGUGACUGGCCACGCGAGCUCCCAUCAGUUCCUGCAAUCAAGGACACACGGAGCUUGCACGUACAGAGUGCUUCAGUCGUGUCGUGAUUUUGGCACGUAA